AUGUCUGAACAACAUUCUAUGAACCCUUUUGAACACAGCUCCGUCUCUGAAAACCCCGGUUCUUCUCAAAACGCCGCUGAACAACUCAUCCAGUCCUUGAACGCUGAUCAACUCGCUACUUCCUCCAAACACUCCAGUUCCAGCAACGCCCCUGCCCCCUCUGGUCCUGCUCACCCCAUCAUCGCCGGUAGCAACAUGGACAAGGACUCUCAAAACGACUCGGAACCCGCUGCUCCCCAAUACUCCGAGCACGACUCUCACCCCCAUUACUCUGAACAAGAGACUCCCGUCCCCGCCAACGAAUCCAACCACUCUUCUGGUUCUUUCUCCGCUGCCAAGCACCACUGCCCUGCCAUGGCUGGCGGCAGUCCUUUCACGAACCAGUCUCAGCAAAGCGUCGACCCAGAAGUCGCUUCUGCCUUAUGGCGCGUUCUCACCUGGAAAAACGUUUCAUGCAGCGCUUCCACUUUGUUGAGCAUCCUCGCCGUCUUCUUCAUUCCCGCUUGGAUUAACAUUCCCCGCUUGUUCUUCCGUACCAUCCGUUAUGUCUUCUUGAUCACUUCCAUCAUCGAACUAGGCGGUCUCUUUGCUUCUGGCGGCCGUCGCGGCGUCUUGUCCCCCUUCCGCACAAAAUAUGUCACUUGCAACACCAAGUCCGUCGACUGUUGUGUAAACUCUUUCGUCGAUAUCGUCAACGUCCUUCUCAUCCAAUUCCAACGUGUCUUGUUUGCCGAAUGCCCUCUCUUGACUUUUGCCGUUGCUAUCGGUGCUUUCGUCGAAUACUUCCUUUCUGGUUUCCUCUCUUACAGAGGUCUCUUCAUCUGGAAUGUUCUCUUCGCUUUCACUCUCCCCAAAUUGUAUGAAAUGAACGAACCUUGCAUCAACCGCUUGGUUCACUCUCUUGAGCAACAAACCCACAAGCUCAAGCACGAUGCUGCUUCUGCCGCCUCUUCUGCCACCUCUUCUCAUCAGUAA